CACGAGCGCCCAAUGGCUCCGGAGCCUUUCUCCACCCCCCUGUACUCCCAUCCAUCCACGUCGUCGAACACUGAACCCGAAACUCCCGCAGAUUCAGACUCUCUGGAUCACAUAUGGAGCGAGGUUAGGAGGAGAAAGGAAAGAACAAUGGCCAAGUCUCCAGGAAAGAUAAAGUCUUUGGAGGAGGCUUUGUCUGCUGGAGAGCAGUCCGCCGAACGAGUCGAGUCACCUCCGCGAGAAUCACCUCCGGUCAGAUCCCAGCUGAAGAGACGAAAGUCACACGUUACCUUCAAGGACUCUCCAGACGGCAGAAGAGUCAUGGCUGCGUUCGACCUCCCAGGCGUAAAGAAACAGGACAUGCACGUCAGCUACCAGGUCGAUCGACUCGUCGUUACAUGGCAAACCGUCAAAGUGACCGAGCGUGUGGAAGGCGGCAAGAUUCUUCGAGACAGAGAGGAGACUAAGUUCAGUCGGACCAUACCUCUCCCAGAGGGCACCAAGUUCGAGGAAAUCCACGCUUCGAGAGACCAGCAUAGGUUGAUGCUGACGUAUCCUAACCUGCGGGCCGUGCGAGCUAAGCCGAGACCGACAGAUGGAUCGUAGGGGAGUCGCACGAAGAGGAAACCCUCCAUUUCGCAUCUCGCAUCUCGCAUCUCUCAGUCUUGCUCUCUUCUCUGCUUUGCGGGACAUUUGCAUAUAGGUUUUCGUAUCUAUUGGAAAGAGAAUUAAACAUGUACGAGACAGGUAUCUCUGGCGAUGAAUGUACUGUAUAC